UAUUAUUAUUAUAUAAUGAAGAAGAAUGCACCCAGACUGCUGAAAACAUUUUUGUCAUUGCAAUGUUGUUUUCAAAAAAGUAACUGUGCGUAAAAAGAACCAUUGCUCAACAUAAAACUCUGAUAAAACAAGUAAACAAAUCAACAGGUGUCGCUUUUCUGGUCUGUAUAAAACAAAUUAAAUAAGAAAAACUGUGACCGCCCGCUUUCUUAAGCAACUCUCAGUUAGUUAGUGUUUACAGAGUAACUCGUAUACAGAGGAUUUGCAUACCGAUGAGGGGUUACUGCAGCAACGCGUUGUUCGUGUCAACGAGUCAACAAUAUUAUAUUAUGAGAAACGUCGUGUUUUUACACCAAUAAAACCACUUACAUAGCACAACCAGUUUUAUAUACGUUCAAAUGAUCUUUCAAAGUCCGAAACAGAAGUCUUUAAUUUGCCCAGGCACCCCCCUAUUCCCGGCAGUGGUUCGCUCCUCUCAGCGGAAGUUCCUUAGUUAGUUGCGCUAUCUGUAAUUUUUCUCUAGAGAAAGUUAUUUUAACCUGAAAGCUCGGGUGAGUUUACACGCUGCAGCAGGAGUGCUUGAUCUUCGCCUCUCACGAGUAGAAAUGAGACGGAAAGAAAAGAGGCUGCUCCAGAUCGCAGGGCUGCUGAUCGCGGCGAUCCUUUUCCUGCCAAACGUGGGCUUGUGGUCCCUGUACCGAGACAAAGUGCUGGAUAACUCGCCGGAGAGAGAAGGGGGCGCUGGCUCCGCCGCGGCACAGAAGGGACUCCACGUCAGACCGAAGAAGGAGGUGAGACUGGGCUUGGACGGGGAUCGAAGGAGGGACUGGCAUGAUCAGGAAGCCAUCAGGAGAGACGCAGCUCGCUCAGGAGCUGGAGAGCAAGGAAGGCCUUUCCCCUUGACUGAUGCAGAUCGAGAGGACCAGGCCUACAGGGAGAAUGGAUUCAAUAUCUACGUGAGCGACAGGAUCUCUGUGAACCGCUCCAUACCGGACAUCAGACACCCAAACUGCAGAACGAAGCUGUACUUGGAAAAGCUGCCCAAUACAAGCAUCAUAAUCCCGUUCCACAACGAGGGCUGGUCAUCCCUGCUGCGCACCGUGCACAGUGUGCUGCACCGCUCUCCCCCACAGCUCCUCGCUGAGAUCAUCCUGGUGGACGACUUCAGCGACAAAGAGCACUUGAAGGCUGCUCUGGAGGACUACAUGGUCCGCCUGCCCAAGGUGAGGAUUGUCCGCACCAAGAAGAGGGAGGGCUUGAUCCGGACGCGGCUGCUCGGGGCCUCUGUGGCCAUCGGGGGAGUGAUCACCUUCCUGGACUCGCACUGCGAGGCCAACGUCAACUGGCUGCCCCCUCUCCUCGACAGGAUAGCCCAAAACCGGAAGACGAUCGUGUGCCCCAUGAUCGAUGUGAUCGACCACGACAACUUCGGCUACGAAACCCAGGCAGGAGAUGCCAUGCGAGGAGCCUUCGACUGGGAGAUGUACUACAAGCGCAUCCCCAUUCCCUCGGAGAUCCAGAACAGAGACCCCAGCGAGCCUUUCGAGUCCCCUGUCAUGGCCGGAGGAUUGUUUGCUGUUGACAAAAAGUGGUUCUGGGAACUCGGGGGCUACGACACUGGCCUUGAGAUCUGGGGAGGAGAGCAGUAUGAGAUCUCGUUCAAGGUGUGGAUGUGCGGCGGUCGCAUGGAGGACAUCCCCUGCUCCAGGGUGGGGCACAUCUACAGGAAGUACGUUCCCUACAAGGUUCCUGGGGGCGUCAGCCUGGCCAGGAACCUGAAGCGCGUGGCCGAGGUGUGGAUGGACGAGUAUGCAGAGUACAUUUACCAGCGCAGGCCCGAGUACAGACACCUCUCUGCUGGGGACAUGAGCGCGCAGAAGCAGCUCAGGAGCGCCCUGAACUGUAAAAACUUCAAGUGGUUCAUGACGGAGGUGGCCUGGGAUCUGCCCAAGCACUACCCACCCGUGGAGCCUCCAGCAGCAGCAUGGGGAGAGAUCCGUAACGUAGGCACUGACCUGUGUGUGGAGAGCAAGCACAGCGCCUCGGGCUCCCCCAUCAGACUGGAGUCCUGCCUCAAAGGAAGAGGGGAGGGUGGAUGGAAUCACAGACAGGUGUUCACGUUCGGCUGGCGUGAAGAUAUCCGGCUGGGGGACCCCUUGCAUGUGAAGAAGGUCUGCCUCGAUGCAGUUUCACACAGCAGCCCCGUCACGCUGUACGACUGCCACGGGAUGAAGGGGAACCAGCAGUGGAGAUACAGGAAGGACAGAAGUAUUUAUCACCCGAUCACAAACAGCUGCCUGGACUGCAGUGUGCCAGAGAGACGGGUCUUCAUGAGUGGCUGUGACUCUGCAUCACAGACACAGCGCUGGCUGUUUGAGAAAACAAACUCCACGGUCCUGGAGGAGUUCAACAGAGACACUUAAACACGCACACCUCUUACCAAUGGAGGGUUUAUUAAGGGGGGGGCCAUGGGGAUUUUUUUAAAGGUUUUAUAAGAAAAAUGGUUCUAAGGGAUAUUUCUCAGGAGUGAUUUUAUUGGUGCAAUGGGCAAGCCAGGCUAGAUAUACAUUGUCUUGAAUGUACAAACGAAUCUGAAGAGUUGUGUGAAACAUCUCGCUGCUGUCCAGCAUUGAAAUCGGCAUGGCUGGAAUAAUGUUGUAGACUUGAUGAGAUAGAAUUGUGUGUCCUUCAUGCAGAAUAGAUAUUCCUUCAUGCAGGACAGUGACGGAGACAAACUGGUACCAAACAAAGACAGACACAUUCGAUGCUUUGCCAGAUUGCACAGAAAAUGGGAUCACUGAAAGCACAAUUAAAAUUCAGGCAAGUCCAUUUUGUACAGCCUGUUAAACACUUAAUACCAGGGAUCUCUUUGGAAAGAAACCAUGAAGGCACUCUAGCAAUCAAAGAGCAGACAGGUUUAUGAAAUGACUCGCUUCACUAAAGAAUUGAAAUUUCAUUUCACAUCAUUGUAUGAUGUUCUUGUAUUGAAUGCAUUCCAGUGGACUUGGAGGGAACGUUUUGCACAUGAAGACGGGGGUGCCUUGUGCAAUUCUUCUGCUGUGGCUUGUCCAGCUCUGGCUUUAUUUUUUGGAUUGAAUCGUACUGGUGUAAAUGGUGAAGGGAGAUGUUUUAAUGCAGGAGCUCUUGCCAUGUGAAACUUGAAUGUCAUUCCAGUGCCUUGCAGCGUCUCCUCCUCUUUCGAACGCGCGCUCCUCGAGGGAUCGUUCCCAUCAUCUAUGUUCCCAGACGUUCCCUUCCUGCUUCAUACUCUAUUACACCAGCUCUUCAUGAGGCUCUGCUCUGGGCUUGCUGCUGGAAACAUUCCUGAACAUGAUAGGGGGGCAGAUUGUCCUGAUCUGGUGGUAAAGCUGCAGUCCUGAGCUAGUUAGCUGUGUGUUUUGAAUUUGCAAACCUUUAUUGUGUGUGUGUGUGUGCGCGUGUGUGUGCGCGCGUGUGUGCGCGCGUGUGUGUGUGUUUUCAUUGAGGAAAUAAAUAACACAUCAUUUCUAAACUACAGCGCGGUGAAAGGGACAACUGUUUUCAAAAGGCCUGUUGGUUGGGUUUAGACGUGGAGUAAUAUAGCUUUAGAACUACAGUUUAAUAAAGGGAUUUAUUGAACAGAGUUUGUUUAAAAUCAAACUUCAAAGGUGCAGAAUCGCCAGGAAGCAGCUUCUUCACUAUUUGAGAGUUGUUGCAAUAAAGCAGGCAGUGCAGUGUGAAAUAACACAGAGCUAAGAGAAAACUCCACUUAACCAAAAUGAUCAGGAACAAAUCAUGCUUUGUAAAAGUCUCCAAAUGAGCGUUGCUAGUGGCGUCCGUGCCACAGCUUUACUGGACAGACCCAGCGUUGUCUCCACCGCUCUCAUCUGCUACACCCUGUUAGAUGAUUCAUGCGAUAGGAGGCGUUUCACAGCUUCAUUACCAGCAUGCAAGACUAAGACAUGCCAGCUGCAAAGGCUGCUUGUGCUGCUUCACAUUGACCAGGACUAUCGCAAAGCUAGCGCUGGCUUUCAAGGGUUAUUUAACCAUUUCCAGCAUGGCCGCCUCACAUGGUGGGCUCAGAUAUAUAUAAACUCUUCUAGUCUGUAUAUGGGGACAUGUGGAAGACAUGAUGAGCCAGGUGCCAUCCCUCAUAUAAAGGAAGGGUUGAUGGUUCUUGGUUUCAUUUGAAGGUCUGCUGCUGUUUACUGUGAAGGCUAUCUUUGGACUGUCUCUGCAUGCUAGUUUGAGAUUCCUCUCUCUCUUUACAUUACGAUUUGAACAGGUUUGGAAUUGUUUUAUUGAUUUAUUGAUUUAUUUUCUCAGCUAGCGAAUAUAUUGUUUAGCUGCCUGCCUGCCUGCCUGCCUGCCUGUCUGUGUGUCUGCUGAGAAUCCCCAUGUUAAUGUUAUAUAUCUGAAGUGUUUCAUUGUAUUUUGCAUUAUUUUGCUUUCUAAUUGUAAUCUGUCAUUGCCCCAGUUUUUUUUUCAGGUAUAAAUGAAAUUGGUCUCUGAAUGUUCUUACACCCUGUUGUGUGUUUAUUUUUUUAUUUUUUUUUCCCCAUGCUGGAAAGGGACAGUUGUAACGUCGUCUUAUUUACAGUGCAGUGGAUUUUGUCAGCCCCCCCCCCCCCCCCCUGUGUGUUCUGGGUUGAUUCUGCCCCUUGUUAUUGUCAGCCCCCCUGUGUGUUCUGGGUUGAUUCUGCCCCUUGUUAUCGUCCACCCCCCCCCCCCCCCCCCCCCCUCCUGUGUGUUCUGGGUUGACUCUGCCCCUUGUUAUCGUCAGCCCCCCCCUGUGUGUUCUGGGUUGAUUCUGCCCCUUGUUAUCGUCGCCCCCCCCUGUGUGUUCUGGGUUGAUUCUGCCCCUUGUUAUCUCCAGUAUAACCUCUACACACACACAUGCAUGUCUUUGUUGAUAGAGGUGUGGGUUUUAUCAUUAAUUGUAUUGUUAUCAUUAAAAGGCUUUGGUGUUGUUUUCUAAAUGAAGUCUGUAACUGGGUGUAAUUGUUGCCGUUCUAGCCGGGAUUGAGUGUAAACUGUGGCGUUGCUAUGGCGAUUCUAACAUGCUGCCGUGGAAUCAUUAUGGACUGUGAUUCCAUUCAGACACCUGGCUCUUCCUGUUUCAAAUGCAGCCGUGUCAUGAAUCAGCACAUGACGGUGUGUUCAACAUGACGCUCUAGAUGAAGAUCUCAUUCUUUCAUUCUGCACCGCCUCUCAGCUGCCAUGCAAGCACAUUUCACUUGACAGAGGACCUGUUAAAGAAACUCUUUGAAUUGUCAUGAAAUUAAAGGGGCUUGAUGUGGCAGUGGAAUAAUUUUUUUUUUUUAACUGACUUUUAGAUUACUGUAAAAAUUAUUUCAAUAUUUAACAAACUGUAAAACUAAAUGAGAAUUGUAUAAUAUUUUUGCUGAGAUUGUAAAAUAAAGUGUCUUAUAUAUA